AUGUCGAAGCCCCAUAGUGAUGUUGGGACUGCCUUCAUUCAGACACAGCAGUUGCAUGCAGCCAUGGCUGACACAUUCCUGGAGCACAUGUGCCGCCUGGACAUUGAUUCGCCACCUAUCACAGCCCGGAACACUGGCAUCAUCUGUACCAUCGGCCCUGCUUCCCGAUCAGUGGAGAUGUUGAAGGAGAUGAUUAAAUCUGGAAUGAAUGUGGCUCGCAUGAACUUUUCUCAUGGAACUCACGAGUACCAUGCAGAGACCAUCAAGAAUGUGCGCACGGCCACUGAAAGCUUUGCUUCCGAUCCCAUUCUUUACCGGCCAGUUGCUGUGGCCCUGGACACUAAAGGACCUGAGAUCCGAACUGGGCUCAUCAAGGGCAGCGGCACUGCGGAGGUGGAGCUGAAGAAAGGGGCCACUCUCAAGAUCACUCUGGAUAAUGCCUACAUGGAAAAGUGUGAUGAAAAAACCCUGUGGCUGGACUACAAGAAUAUUUGCAAGGUGGUGGAAGUGGGCAGCAAGAUCUAUGUGGAUGACGGACUUAUUUCUCUGCAAGUGAAGGAGAAAGGUGCUGACUUCCUGAUAACAGAAGUGGAGAAUGGUGGCACUUUGGGCAGCAAGAAGGGUGUGAACCUCCCUGGGGCUGCAGUGGAUCUGCCUGCCGUGUCAGAAAAGGACAUCCAGGAUCUGAGAUUUGGGGUGGAACAGAAUGUAGAUAUGGUAUUCGCAUCUUUCAUUCGCAAGGCAUCUGAUGUCCAUGAGGUCAGAAAGGUCCUGGGAGAAAAAGGAAAGAACAUCAAGAUAAUCAGCAAAAUCGAAAAUCAUGAAGGAGUUCGGAGGUUUGAUGAGAUCCUGGAAGCCAGUGAUGGGAUCAUGGUGGCUCGUGGUGAUCUAGGCAUUGAGAUCCCUACAGAGAAGGUCUUCCUUGCUCAAAAGAUGAUGAUCGGGCGGUGCAACCGAGCUGGAAAGCCUGUCAUCUGUGCCACACAGAUGCUGGAGAGCAUGAUCAAAAAACCCCGUCCCACCCGGGCUGAGGGCAGUGAUGUGGCCAAUGCAGUCCUGGAUGGAGCUGACUGUAUCAUGCUGUCUGGAGAGACGGCCAAAGGGGACUACCCCUUGGAGGCUGUGCGCAUGCAGCACCUGAUUGCCCGUGAGGCAGAGGCCGCCAUCUACCACUUGCAAUUAUUUGAGGAACUCCGCCGCCUGGCCCCCAUUACCAGCGACCCCACAGAAGCCACCGCCGUGGGCGCCGUGGAGGCCUCCUUCAAGUGCUGCAGUGGGGCCAUAAUCGUCCUCACCAAGUCUGGCAGGUCUGCUCACCAGGUGGCCAGAUACCGCCCCCGUGCUCCCAUCAUUGCUGUGACUCGUAAUCACCAGACAGCUCGCCAGGCCCACCUAUACCGAGGCAUCUUCCCUGUGGUGUGUAAGGACCCAGUGCAGGAGGCCUGGGCUGAGGAUGUGGACCUCCGGGUGAACUUGGCCAUGAAUGUUGGCAAAGCCCGAGGCUUCUUCAAGAAGGGAGAUGUGGUCAUCGUGCUGACUGGGUGGCGUCCUGGCUCUGGCUUCACCAACACCAUGCGUGUAGUGCCUGUGCCGUGA